AAACCAUUCUUCUCCCAUCGUCUCUAAGUGUUUAUGUGAUAUUUGAUGAAUUACUUCUUUAAAAAAUCCCCUUUCAGAACAAUAACUGUCUUAUCCAUAUUUAGGGGCAUAAUACAAUGAAAUCGUUUCUUUUCAAGUAAAAAGACAAAGGUAAUCCGUUUUACAAAUCUAACCCACACACAGAAGAUGUUCUUUACCACAUAUCAUCUAGUAGCUCAUUAGUUUAACAGCUUUUCCAUUGUCUAGCAGGGGCCCUAUACAUCUGUAAUAAGCAGCAUUGUGGCUUUGACAAAUGUCUUCACCAGCCUACACUUUACACGUCCUCGCCCUCCUCUAACCCAUGCACAUUCUGCUCUACAUUGAUUGAAUUAAAGCCAUCUUCUGUCAGGUCUGCCCAUUUGGUUAAGGUGGCACAGGGCCCACGAUGUCCAGUGAAGUGCAGAGACCGGACGACAGCCCCAGCACCAGCGGGGGAAGCUCCGACAUCGAACAAAGGGAAUCUGUACCACCUGAGCAGGAGCGAGAGCAAGCACAGCCCAAAAAGAAGGAGACCAAGAUCUCCAGUAAAACCGCUGCUAAACUUUCAACUAGUGCCAAGAGGAUUCAGAAAGAGCUUGCAGAAAUAACACUAGAUCCACCUCCAAACUGCAGUGCCGGGCCCAAAGGAGACAAUAUCUAUGAGUGGAGAUCGACCAUCCUGGGCCCCCCGGGCUCAGUGUAUGAGGGAGGGGUCUUCUUCCUGGACAUCGCCUUCACACCAGAUUACCCCUUCAAACCGCCCAAGGUAACCUUUCGUACAAGGAUCUAUCACUGCAACAUCAACAGUCAGGGGGUGAUCUGUCUGGACAUCCUGAAGGACAACUGGAGCCCUGCACUCACCAUCUCCAAGGUGCUGCUGUCCAUCUGCUCCCUGCUCACAGACUGUAACCCAGCCGACCCCUUGGUGGGCAGCAUUGCCACACAGUACCUGACCAACAGAACAGAGCAUGACAGGAUAGCCAAACAAUGGACGAAGAGAUACGCCACAUAGACUCUGCGCUGCGAACCCGCCCCUCAACAUCCUUCACCCUUCAGUGUACCUCUCUCUACCUCUCUGUCACCCUUAGUCUGUCAAAGCACACUCACUAAGUGCAACAGUAUACCUGCCCUCCUGUCACCCUCCUCUUCCUCCUCCCUCCCUUUUAUCUGUUUAUUUUCAGUGUAAAAAAAAAAGGAAAAGACAUCAAACAAUAACAAAAAAAUGUCCUUUGUUCCUUGUUGACUUGAAAGCUUCUUUUUUAUACAAAGAGUAGAUUGGGAUUUUUAUUUUCCAAUAUCUGAAUGUUGGAAGUAUUGUAUUUGAGAAAAAAAACAGAAUAUUAUAAUGAUCAUAAACAUUUUCCUCCAGCUAUAUGGUAUGUAUUUUCAUUUCCUUAGUGGCACCUGGAACAAACAUGCAGAAUAUAUGCUUUUACUUUGUUUUUUAUUUUGUUAUUUGUCAUCAGUAUGUUAUCUGCAUGGAACAGGAUAGUUUGCGUCAAUGGAUCCUUCAUGCUUUUUAACUUGCUCUGAUUUUGUUUGUACUGUAUGUAUUUUUUCAAAGGCUUUUGAGGCAGACCACAAAAGUAUAGGUCUGCCUGUGAAAGAGGCAGGACUUGUAUAUUUACUGGCUACCCACCACCUCUGCAAUUGCAGAGUGGUUUUUUUGUGCACUUGUAUUACUGAAGCACCCAAUAAAACACACUGUGGUUGGCUUGUGAGACAA